AUGUCUACAGAGAAAAGUGAACGACAUGAACCCAUUGAGCCUAAUGAACCUAAUGCGCCUGUUGAGCUAAGAAGCAGUAAGAGGGAUAGGAUUGAGAAGUCAUUUGGCCCUGAUUUCAUUGUUUAUCUUAUAGAAAGAACUAGGAAAGCUUAUUGUAAGCAAACAAUGAUUUCUUUGAAUAUGGAUUCUGAUCCAUUAGCCUUUGAGGAGGCUAUGAAGUCUCAAGAUGUUACUUUCUGGAAAGAAGCAAUAAACGAUGAGAUGGAAUCUAUCAUGGGCAGCCAUACCAUAGUUUCAUCUGGUGGGAGCUUUGAGAUGGGAUUUUUCAGCCCGGGCAAUCCCCAGAAUCAAUACUUGGGAAUAUGGUACAAGAAAAUAUCUUCUAGGACUGUUGUAUGGGUUGCCAACAGAGAAAUCCCACUCAUCGAUUCAUCAAGUGUCUUAAAGGUAAUUGACCCUGGAAUUCUGGCCCUUCUCAAUGGUAUCAGCAAUGUCAUUUGGUCUGCCAAUGUGACAAGAUGCACAGUACAGGAUCCUAUUGGUCAACUUUUAGAGUCAGGAAAUCUUGUUGUGAGAGAUGCCAAUGAUGACAACCUAGAGCAUUUUCUGUGGCAAAGUUUUGAUCAUCCAUGUGAUACUCUUUUACCAAGCAUGAAACUUGGAAAAAACUUUGUAAGUGGCUUAGAGCGGCACCUUUUAUCAUGGAAGAGCUCUGAUGAUCCAAGUCAAGGUGAUUUUGCAUUUCGGUGUGAUCCCAAAGGAUAUCUACAACUUAUUCUGAGCAAUGGUUCCAUUCAGCUGUUCCAGACUGGACCAUGGAAUGGUCUUGGAUUCAGUGGGACUCCAAGCCUGAAACCAAAUUCCAUCUACACAUAUGGAUUGGUUUUCACCAAGGAGGAGGCGUAUUUCAGUCAUAAUCUCGUUAGCAGCUCAGUUGUUUCAAGAUGUAACGUUGGAAACUCGCCAAGAUGUGGUUGCUUAAGUAAAUUUGUGCCCCGGAAUCAAACAGAAUGGGGAAAUGGAGAUUAUUCUAAUGGGUGUGUUCGGAGGACACCAUUGGAUUUCCAUAAUGGAGAUGGGUUUCUCAAAUGUUCGCGAUAUAAAAUGCCAGACACACAGAACUCGUGGUUUGACAGGAGCAUGACCCUGAUGGAAUGUGAGACAGUGUGCUUGAAAAACUGCUCUUGUAUGGCUUACACAAAUUUAGACAUGAGAGGAGGUGGAAGUGGCUGCUUGCUUUGGUUUGAUGAAUUGAUUGAUAUGAGAGAGUUCAGUGAAAAUGGGCAAGACAUUUACAUAAGGAUGGCUUCCUUGAGUUAG